GUGAAACAGCUAUACACAGUGCAUACUUCAAGUAGAACGACCUGCAUAUCAUCAACAAGGACUUUGCGUUGAAAAAAAAAAUAGAAAAGAUUAGUGAUGUGGAGGGAGGGGCUUGUGAUAUGUAUGCAAGUUCCUCAAAAGUAGAUCCUGUAAGAGCUCACAAGAAUGAAGAACUACACACACAGAGCGUGGGUGACUGCCUGCCGACCAGGCUGUCAGGAAAUACAGCGCACUUGUGAAUUUCAGGGUUUCAAAUUCAGAUACCUUUUACCAAUGUGCUUGCUCUUCUCACCAGAAAAAAAUACACACUAAGCGGUACAUACGCAGGUACCUACUGCUAGGUAGUAGAAAUAUAUGUGUAUGUGUGGUUUUUUUUUUCAAUUCUUUUCUCUGGACAGAAGUUAUUUGUUAAUAACGUUAAAGAAUGGAUUUUACAGCAAAGUGGAUUUCCCAAGGUUGGAUUAUGCUUGUACUGCUGUGUCAGGUCAACGUUUACAUCAAGGUAGCCCUAAUGGCACCUUCUCAGUGCAACAGUGAGCGCGAGUACCUGCAGGAUGGGAAGUGCUGCAGAAAGUGCAAGCCGGGAGAGUACUUGUCAGCUCAUUGCACGAAAACAUCUGACAGCGAUUGCAAGCCUUGCGAAGAAAAACAAUACCAACCUUACUGGAACACAGACAACAGAUGCAUGUCCCAAAAAAUCUGUGACAAAGAGAGGGGCUUGCAAGCAUCUCAGCAUGAAAACAAAACAGCCCCUGUGAAGUGUGAAUGCAUGCCUGGCUUUCAGUGCUCAAUCAUGGACUGUGAGUUCUGUGAAAGAGUGAGGGUGUGCGGCCCAGGAUAUGGAGUCAUACAAGGAGUAAAUAUUCCUAACAAUCUAUGUGAAAGGUGUCCUCGUGGCUCAUUCUCAACAGUCUCCUCGGCAACAGAACCUUGCAAGCAGUGGACUGACUGCAAGUCUCUUGGAAAGAUUGAAGUUCAUCAUGGGAAUGAGACAGAGGAUGUGCAAUGUGGGCCUACAGCUACAUCUUUGGGGAGUGUGAUAAUAUUUGUAGUUGUAGUUCUUUUAAUAAUCCUUGUGUCAACAUUUGGUGUAUGCCUGGUUUGCAACAAAAACAAGAUGAAAGGAAUUUCUGAGGAUUUUCGAAAGAUCUAUACGAAUGUUCAUGGAAGGACACAGCAGGAGACAACACAUCUGAAGGAUGUCACACUUCUGUUGGAAAAUGAAGAGAAACCACGUGACUUUCUGAAUACUUGCUCAACCAGUGAUGUAUUGAAUGAAGACGCAGCUCCACUUGAACCAGUAGCAGGAUGUUCUGAACCUGUAGAGGACGAGACUGAAGAGAGUGCUUUGAAUUCUGAAGUUGAUAGUGCAUCCCAUGGCUCUCCUCCCUUAGCAUCCAGCAGCUGCAGUUCAUGUAGCUGUGUGUCCCAUUUCAAACGACCCGUGGAAGCAGGUGAACAGGAUGACUUCAGUCAAUUCGUUUCAGUAGUAAUUUCUCCGAGCUGCUCUUGUAGUGGAAAUGGCACCAACAGUAGGCCAAAAUCCCUCCAAGAGGUUUGCUACUGUAGUCACUGCUGUGGGAGUGUCACAGGAAGCCUGGACUGUGAAUACAAAGGCGACUUGCAAGAUAGUCAACAUCUUUCAGUGGAUUGCUGUAGUUGUACUACAAGGGAAGCCACGCUGGGGGAGAAAGGUCCCAGCUUUGGGAAUCAUGCUGGCAAAACCUCUUCAGAAAACAGGUUGAACGGGCACUGCUGUUGCAGUAUGGACUCAAUGAAUGGCCCUGUCCAGUCUUCACUCAGUGACAAUGGUGAGGGCAUUCCCUCAGAUGACUGUCAUACACAGAGACAAUACUCAAACAGUACAACUCCUGACCCUAGCUCAAAUUCAUCAAGCCAUAAUUCAGACCCUCCAUCAGCAUCUGGAAAUGUGACAGGGAACAAAAACACCACAUUCAUAUCUAACGGACAAGUAAUGAACUUUAGUGGAGACGUCAUUGUUGUUUAUGUCAGUCAAAACUCCCAGACAAGCACUGACAGGACUGAGGAAACAUUUGGCUCUCCGGUGCAAGAGGAGAACAGUGGGGGUAGUCCUAAGGACGACACCAAACAGGAGCAGGAUGAUCUCCCACAAGUGAAUAUAGCUUAUCCAUUGCAAGAGGGAGCACAGCGCAGGAAAGAAGGGCCCAUCAGGAGCACCACAAUCCCUAUUCAAGAGGAGAGCACACAGUGGACACAGCCGAAGUGUGUGUGACAACGGGAUCUUCCUCAUAAAGAAAUGGGAAAAGCGACAAGUCUGCUCAUACUUAUUAUCAGUGGUGCUGAGGUUUGCUGGACA